UUUCCCUUUAUAAAUACUCCCCACUCGUCUCUCUCCCUCUCCAAUUCAACCACUCUCACUCUAGUACUACUCUCCCCCUCUCUCUCUCUCUUCUCUUCCACACUAAUAAUUAAUGGAGUUACAAACACUCAAAUUUUAUCUUCUUUCGCUGUGCCUCCUGGCCGCGGUCGCGCUCGUCCUCCCCGAAUGCGCGGCGGCCCGCAGAUCGAGAGCCGGGGGGGAGCGGCAGGCGGCAGUGGCGGUGGCGGUGAAGGGGCUGAGGUACGCGUCGGCGACGAGCUGCAGGGCGCACUCGGCGGCGGUGACGGAGUUCGGGGCGGUGGGGGACGGGGCGACGUCGAACACGGCGGCGUUCCGGGCGGCGGUGGGGAACCUGAGCCAGUACUCGGCGGCCGGGCGGGGAGGGGGCAUGCUGUACGUGCCGGCCGGACGGUGGCUGACGGGCCCGUUCAACCUCACCAGCUCCUUCACCCUCUUCCUCCACCGCGACGCCGUCAUCCUCGCCUCCCAGGAUAUAAAUGAAUGGCCUAUUAUUGAUCCUUUGCCAUCUUAUGGAAGAGGGAGAGACAAACCUGGUGGAAGAUACAGCAGCCUCAUUGGUGGAUCAAACCUCACAGAUGUUAUCAUAACAGGUGAUAAUGGAACAAUUGACGGGCAAGGGGCGACCUGGUGGCAAAAAUUCCACAAGAAUCAGCUCAAAUACACGCGCGGAUACCUCAUCGAACUGAUGCAUUCGGAUCAGAUCAUCAUAUCCAACCUCACAUUGCUCAACUCUCCUGCAUGGAACAUUCACCCAGUUUACAGCAGCAACAUUAUCGUGUCGGGGAUCACAAUUCUCGCUCCGGUUCAUUCUCCGAACACCGACGGUAUUAACCCAGAUUCGUGCUCGCACGUCAGAAUCGAGGACUGCUACAUCGUAUCGGGCGACGACUGCGUCGCGAUCAAGAGCGGGUGGGACGAGUACGGGAUCGCCUACGGGAUGCCGAGCCAGCACAUCGUCAUCCGGCGACUCACCUGCGUCUCUCCGACCAGCGCCGUCAUCGCCCUCGGCAGCGAGAUGUCGGGCGGAAUCCAGGACGUCCGCGCGGAGGACAUCACCGCCGUCAACUCCGAGUCCGGGGUCCGCAUCAAGACCGCCCCCGGCCGCGGCGCCUACGUGAAGGACGUCUUCGUCCGCGGCAUGAGCCUCGACACCAUGAAGUGGGUCUUCUGGAUGACCGGCAACUACAAGUCGCACCCCGACGGCAACUACAACCCGAACGCGAUGCCGGUCGUGAACGGCGUCAGCUACAGCAACGUCGUCGCGACCGGCGUGACGACGGCCGCGCGGCUCGAGGGGAUACCGGGCGCGCCGUUCACCGGAAUUUGCAUAUCGAACGUCACGGUGGAGCUGGCGAAGUCGCGGAAGGUGUCGUGGACCUGCACCGACGUCGAAGGGGUGUCGGCCGACGUGAGCCCCGCGCCGUGCGCUCCGCUGCAGGGCGCGCACGACGGCCAGUGCCCGUUCCCGGCCGACCGGUUGCCGAUCGACGAGAUCGAGUUCAAGGAGUGUUCCUACUGAAAGAUCACACUCUCAUCAAUGUACAAUAAUGUUGCUUGUACAAGUGCAGGAGCUAAGAUAUGCUCUGACACUGCAAAAGGUUUGAUUGAAUACAUAUUACAUGACUAAGUUUGUUGCUGUUUCUGUUUUCUCUGUUUACUGAA